AUGAGUCGCAGAAGGGUUCAUGAGGAAGAAGAUGGAUAUGAACGGGCGUAUAAGAAACGUAGAAGGGUAUCAGAGAAUCAAGAAAUUGAAGAUAGACUCGAAUCCCUUAUCUUACGGGUUGGAGAAAAAUCCACAUCUUCUUUGGAAAGUAAUCUUGAAGGUUUGGCUUCUGUAUUGGAAGCUGAUCUUGGAUUGUUUCGAAGUAAAAUACUUCGAAUUUUAACUGACUGUGCUAUUAAAAUGCCUGAGAAAUGCACAAUUUAUACAACACUUGUUGGGUUAUUAAAUGCAAAGAACUUUAAUUUUGGCGGUGAAUUUGUUGACUACAUGGUGAAGAAUUUUAAAGAUGCAUUGAAAGCUUGUAGAUGGGAUGUAGCUAGAUAUUCAUUAAGAUUUCUUGCUGAUUUAGUAAACUGCCAUGUUUUGUCGUGCGGUUCUUUGAUGCAGUUGUUUGAUAAUAUGUUAGAUGCUGCUAAUGAAGAUGGAGUACCUCAAGUAAGACGUGACUGGUAUGUCUAUGCUGUGUUAUCAACAUUACCAUGGGUUGGAAGAGAAUUAUAUGAGAAAAAAGAACAAGAGUUAGAUCACUUGAUGGUGACAAUAGAGAUAUUUUUAAAUAAACGAAGUAAGAAGCAUCAGCCAGCCUUGAGAGUUUGGUCAAGCGAUACUCCUCAUCCUCAAGAAGAAUACUUAGAUUGUUUAUGGGCUCAAGUGCGCAAGCUUAGACAAGAUAAUUGGGCAGAGAAACAUAUUCCCAGACCGUAUCUUGCAUUCGAUUCAAUAUUGUGCGAAGCCUUACAGCAUAACUUACCUACUAUGAUGGCACCACCGCAUCAUGAGUCUUAUUCUUAUCCAUUACCGACAGUAGUUUUUCGCAUGUUUGAUUACACAGAUUGUCCAGCUGAAGGACCAUUAUUACCUGGAAGUCAUGCUAUUGAACGAUUUCUCAUAGAAGAACAUUUAAGACAGAUUAUUAACAAUUAUUUUUAUGAAAGAAAAGAUUGUUCAGCUCAGUUGUUGAACUUCCCAUAUAAAGCAAAAAUUCCUUUAGAUUACUGUAUUGUAGAAGUAAUAUUUGGUGAACUAUUCAGACUGCCAGCGCCAAAAAAUUUGGAAAUAUGCUAUGGCUCAAUUUUGAUUGAACUCUGCAAAUUACAACCAUCAACUAUGCCACAGGUUUUGGCUCAAGCUACAGAAAUUUUGUUUCGUCGCAUAGAUAGCAUGGCUGCUGCUGCGUUUGAUCGUUUUGUAUGGUGGUUCGCGUAUCAUUUAAGCAAUUUCCAGUUCCGUUGGUCCUGGGAAGAUUGGGAUUCUUGUUUACAGCGCGAUCCAGAACAUCCACGUCCGAAAUUCAUUCGAGAAGUACUUCUUAAAGCUCUACGGUUAUCAUAUUAUCAAAGAAUACGGGACAUGAUGCCAGAAUCAUAUGCUGACUUGAUUCCACCACCUCCAGAGCCAAUUUAUAAAUACACUUCUGAAGGAGCCAGUUCACUUCCUGGUACGGCAGCUGCCCACGAACUAGUUGUUUCAAUCAGACGAAAAUGUACACCAGAAGAAGUAUUGAAUGUAUUGAACACUUUGCCAGGUCCUAGAGAAAAUGAAGAGACCAGUAACUUUAAUCCUUUGAAAAUUGAUGUUUUUGUACAGACGUUAUUGAAUCUAGGAUCUAAAAGCUUUAGUCAUAGUUUUGCAGCGAUAGGAAAAUUUCAUUAUGUUUUUAAAGUCCUUGCUGAAACGGAAGAAGCCCAAAUAUGCAUUUUAAGAAACAUGUAUGCAUUGUGGAAGAAUCACUAUCAAAUGAUGGUGGUUUUAACAGACAAAUUUCUAAAGACUGGUAUUAUUGAAUGUAGUGCUAUCGCAAAUUGGAUAUUUUCUAAGGAGAUGGCAUCAGAAUUUACCAAGUUGUAUAUUUGGGAAAUACUUCAUUUAAUAAUUCGAAAGAAGAACAAACACGUAACUAAAUUGAGUACAGAAUUAGCAGAAGCACGCGAGAAAUUAAGAAGAGCGGAAAGUAGAUCUGGAUCAUCUUCCGACGAUGAAGAUAAUAAUAAAGAUAGAAACAGGGAAAAACCGUCAGAAGAUGUCGUAGAAAGAAUGGAAGAGAAAUUGGAAGCGGCACAAGCAGACCAAAAAAAUUUGUUUCUUAUCAUUUUUCAGCGUUUUAUAAUGAUUCUAUCUGAACAUUUAGUACGUUGCGACACUGAUGGUAUAGAUUACAAUACUCACUGGUAUAAAUGGACGAUUGGAAGAUUACAACAAGUGUUUUUAACUCAUCAUGAACAAGUUCAAAAGUAUUCUUCAACAUUAGAGACAUUACUUUUUACACCAGAUCUGGAUCCUCACAUCUUAGAUGUUUUCCAUCAAUUUGUUUCUCUUAGAGCGUAAAUACCAUUUUUUACGGUAAUCAUUUUAUUAUGUGAACUGUAACUUAAGUUGACAAGAGAAUAGGAAUUUUAUUUCUCAUUUUUAAAUAUUUCAUAUGUUUAUUGAUGAAAACAUAAUCAUGAUUAUUUUAUAAUGUAACUUGCAACUAGAAGAAAGAACCAUGUCACGUUAUUGUAUAUUUUUAAAAAUAACGUCAAAAAGUUACUUGAUUUCUAGCAUAAUAAUCACUUGAAGUGUAAUGUAACAUUAUAUGUAAAUGUUUAAUCUUUCGUACUGCGGCUUAUCCCACGUUGAUGUAAAUAUCGAUAACGUUAUUUGUCUAUAUAAUUUGGAAUUUCUUUUCAACAGAAUAUCGUAGUAUGAACAAGGAGUCAUACAUACCAACAUGUAAUGUAAAUAAAGGUUUAAAGAACAGCA